AUGGCUCCCUCCAAUCCAUACGGCAAACUUCCGCAAAAUGCAUCGUCGUCGAUCAAGCCAUUCACUGUCAACUUUCCGGAGGCAGACAUCAAGCACAUGCUCGAUCUGCUCAAGCUCACCAGAGUAGCCGAACCCAUAUAUGAGAAUUCUCUGCCAAAUGAUGACCGAUAUCUUGGUCUUCGGCACGACUGGCUUGUCGAGGCUAAGCGCGUAUGGGAGAAUGAGUUCAAUUGGAGAAAGACAGAGGAGCAUAUAAACUCGUUUCCCAAUUACAAGAUCACGAUCGACGACAAGGUGGGCAAAUUGGACGUUCAUUUCGCUGCCCUUUUCUCCACUGCUCCCGACGCCGUUCCCGUGGUACUGCUACAUGGCUGGCCUGGUUCCUUCCUGGAGUUUCUGCCUAUGCUUGGAGAACUACGCGACAAGUACUCGGCCGAUGAUUUGAAGUACCACUUCAUCGUGCCGAGUCUGCCGGGUUACACGCUCUCGAGUGCUCAAGCCAUCUCCGAGGACUUUAGCCAAAUAGACGCCGCCCGGGUGAUGGACAAGUUGAUGCAAGAACUGGGCUUUAGCAAAGGUUACAUUGCUCAAGGAGGCGACGUUGGCAGCCGCGUUGCCAGGGUCAUGGCAGUCGAGUACGAGGCCUGCAAAGCCGUCCACCUGAACUUCUGUCUCGUCAACAAACCCCCCGCGAGUCUUAAUGAUGACAGCAUAACCGAAAUCGAGAAGGCCGGCCUCAAGCGGCUAGACGAGUGGAAAGCCACCGGAACGGCCUACGCCAUGGAGCACGCCACCAAGCCUGCGACCAUCGGCUUCGUGCUGAGCAGCAACCCACUAGCAACACUCGCUUGGAUCGGCGAAAAGUUCCUAGACUGGACCGACGAGGACCCUUCCAUCAACACCAUCCUCGAGUCCGUCACGCUCUACUGGCUUACGCGCUGCCCAUCCACCAAUUUAUGGUCAUACCGCCACCCCCUCUCUAAAGACGCGUCACAGUCCUACAGCGCCACAGCCAAAGGCCACGACCACCCAGACUACCACAUCAAGAAGCCAUUCGGAUACUCGUAUUUCCCGCAGGAGCUGAUUCCCAUCCCCAUCGAGUGGGUCAAGACGACGGGGAAUCUCGUGUGGAGUCGCGUCCACGAUAGGGGCGGGCAUUUCGCCGCCCUCGAGCGCCCCAGGGAACUGCUGGAGGAUGUCGAGAGCUUUGUGGGGGAGGUUUGGAAGCGAUAA